AUACCAUAUAAUUUGCCCUUAAUGUUUAUUUUAAAAAUGAAAUUCCCGACCCACCCCUCUCCCCUUGCACUCUUCCCCGGCAACUAACUCCGACCCAUCCUUUCCAUGGCAAUGUUUUUUUACGGUCCAGAUUGCAUCUCGGACAUUAAUUAACAAAAACCAUGGCGGGAUUAAACCUCCGUUCUGUGCUUCUGUUCUCUGCAUUUCUUCGAUUGUUCCUGGUCCUCUACGGCGAGUGGCAAGAUGCCCACAUGGAGGUCCGGUACACCGACGUCGACUACCUCGUAUUCUCCGACGCCGCAGCCCUCAUGGCCAAAGGUGAAUCCCCUUACCGGAGAUCCACCUACCGCUACUCACCCUUCAUCGCCUUUCUCCUCAUCCCCAAUUCCUUCAUUCAUCCUUCUUGGGGCAAGUUCCUCUUUUCUGCAUCAGAUCUGCUCGUGGGGUUUCUGAUACACAAAAUCUUGAAGCUAAGAAGGGUGCCGGAGAGAUUAAUUACCUGCUCGGUAAUGGUAUGGCUAUUCAAUCCAUUCACAUUUACAAUUGGAACUCGCGGAAACUGUGAACCCACUGUUUGUGCCAUUGUCCUUUGGAUCAUUAUCUGUCUCAUGAAAGGUUCUCUUCUGCAAGCGGCAAUUUGGUUUGGGUUUGUUGUCCACUUGAGAAUAUAUCCUAUUAUUUAUGCACUACCCAUAAUUUUGGUUCUUGAUCCUUUAAACUUUCAGCCUUGUAGUACCACGCCUGCACUUACAGAUUGGAGUUCUAUAAAGAAUCCCCAGGCAGCAGAUGGUUCAUAUCGCGGAAAACGUUCUUUUCGCGCUUUCUUGAUAAACAUGUUGUCUUGGAGGAGGGUGAUGUUUGGACUUGUUUCUGGUGCUGUGUUCUUUAUGUCAACUGGGUUUUUCUUCCAUCUGUAUGGAUGGGAAUUCUUGCACGAAGCUCUGCUAUAUCAUCUCACUCGCACUGACCCAAGGCACAAUUUUUCCAUAUACUUCUACCACAUAUAUCUCAACUAUGAACGCGAUUUCUCAGUCUCGGAAAAGCUAGUCUCUUUUCUUCCUCAGGUUAUGGUCCAGAUUGCACUGAUCUUCUCUUUUGCCCAUGACUUCCCCUUCUGCUUUUUCGUGCAGACGGUUGCAUUUGUUGCUUUUAACAAGGUCAUAACAGCUCAAUACUUUGUUUGGUAUUUUUGUCUACUGCCACUGAUACUGCCUUGGAGUAAGAUGAAGCUGAAAGGGAAGGGAUUGGUUUGUAUUCUUGUGUGGAUUGGAGCGCAGACGCAUUGGUUGCUGUGGGGUUAUUUGCUUGAAUUCAAAGGCAAAAAUGUCUUCAUUCAGCUAUGGAUAUCAAGUUUGAUGUUCUUGGCUGCAAACACCUUUGUCCUUACCGCCACCAUAACCCACCAGUGCUACUCUCCAGUAUUCUGCCACCCACGGCCUCCAAUUUCAAACAAGUUCGUGAAACGUGAAUAGAGAGAGAACCAGCCAAACACUGCCUUAAUCGCGCAAACACCAUCUUCUUCAUCAGACGCUACCACCAAAACUCAACAGAUCUUUUGUGACUCACAGGGGCAACUGAUGAGAGGCUCUGGAGGAAGGAUGUAUGGAAUGGCCUAAAGAGGCUUUUGCUAUAGAAGAACAAGUAUCUAUCACAGACAAAUAAAGGGAAUUUUAUCAAAGGAAAUGUUCCCUGUUUUGUUUUUUAAUGAGGUCCUAAUCUUCUGGUACAUUAUUGAGGCCACAAAAAACAUUGUUGUGACAAGUUUCUUCUAUUCUAUUGAU